AUGUACUCCUCUCAGAACUCUCUGAACAUCUCAGAUCUUGCUAGCAGGACCCAAGCUGCGGAAGACUUGCGAAAGCUUCACGACGAUUGUGUUGUAGCGGAGGGAGUGAAGUCUCUGGCGAUCAAGGGGUACCUUCAGUUCAUCGACUUCUUCUCCGAAACCCGACGGCUCUGCAACAUCCACAGGACGUCAAUCCUCCACUUUCAACAGGAGCGCAAGCUGGCGGAGAAGCGAACAGCAGACGUCUUCUUCGAGUCCUUCGAGGACUCCGUCAUGGCCUCUCUCGCCUCUUCCCGCUCGGACCUCUCAUCCUCCGACGACUGGCAGCACCUGUCCGGCGUGUGGAGGAAGAAGGACGAGCUGAGCGGCUUGUCUGAAGUCACGCGCAUGUUCAACAGCCCCAAGUUGCUCGCUGACGUUCCCAACCUCAUCGUCCAGCUGGUGUCUGAGCACGUGGAGGACAUCAAAGCGAUUCUGCUGGCGCUCAGGAGGCGAGAGGUCGGCAAGUAUCCCCGCAACGUCAGGCGCCUCAUCGUGAGCUCCAAGAUGAUCCAACUCGAAGUUAUGAAGCUCACGAACGUCUCGCCUGCCGGGGAGCUCAACACCUCCGGUUUCAUGAGCACAAACGGCUCAGCCUCUAUCCAAGUUUGA